GGAACGGGACCGGGGAGAGGGCCGGGAGGAGGAGGAGAGGGCCGGGAGGAGGAGGAGAGGACUCACAGAAGGCGGGGGAGGCUGAGGGAAAGGGCUGACAGAAGGAGGAUGCGGCUGAGGGCAGGAGGAAGGGGCUGAGGGAAGGGCAGAGGACUGAGGGAAAGGGCUGAGGGUGGGAGAAAAGGGCGGGAGGCUGAGGGGAAGGCAGGGGCUGAGGGCAGGGCAGGGGCCUGAGGGAAGAGGCUGAGGGUGGGAGAAAAGGGCAGAGACUGAGGGGAAGGCAGGGGCUGGGGGAAGAGCAGGGCUGAGGGGAAGGGCUGAGUGAGGGCUCAGGGCAGGUCAGGGGCUGAGGGGAAGGCAGGGAGCUGAGGGAAAGGUGGGGGCUCAGGACAGGGCAGGGGGCUCAGGACAGGACAGGGGGCUCAGGGCAGGACAGGGGGCUCAGGACAGGGCAGGGGGCUCAGGACAGGGGGCUGCAGGCUCGGCAGCACCACCCUGAACCGGAGGAGAUGCGGCGGGAGCCGGGCCGCCAGUGACGGUGAGGGGAGGGCCGCAGCGCCAUGUCCCUGGGCAGCGACAGCGGCCCCGGCAUCGUGCACAGCCUGCUGUGCCACCGGCAGGGAGGGGACAGCGAGGCCUUCGCCCGCCGCGCCAUCCAGAGCCUGCUCAGGAAGCUGAAGGAGAAGAGGGACGAGCUGGACGCGCUGGUGGCCGCUGUCACCUCCGGCGGGGCGCAGCCCGGCCAGUGUGUCACCGUGCAGCGCACCCUGGACGGGCGGCUCCAGGUGGCCGGCAGGAAGGGCUUCCCCCACGUCAUCUACGCCCGGCUCUGGCGCUGGCCCGACCUGCACAAGAACGAGCUGAAACCCGUCAAAUUCUGCCAGUUCGCCUUCGACCUCAAGUGCGACAGCGUCUGUGUCAACCCCUACCACUACGAGCGCGUGGGGACCCCCGGCAGCGGUCUGAGCAUCCAGAGCGCAGUGCCCCCCCCGCGCCCGGUGAAGGAGGAGUUUGUCCAUGACUGUGUGCAGAUGGAGCUGCCGGCCCGGCGGGAAGCGGGGGCCGAGCCCCCCGCCCGGCCCCACCCAGCGCUGCCCCCUGAGCCCCCCCGUGUGCCCCGGACCUACCCUGCGCUCCCCAUGGCGCCCCAAGCGACCCCUCAGGACCCCCUGCUCCACCCCGAGGACCCCCUGGCACAGCCCCCCCCGCAGAACGGGUACCCCAAACCACCCCACCACGGUUCACCGCUGAGCUGGAGCAGUGCCACCAUCUACACCCCGAGUUUGGGGGGGUCGCAGCCCCCCCCAGCACAGCACCCCGGCAGCCAGAGCCACCCGCAGCCCCCCCAGCACCACCCCAACCACUGCUGGCCCCCCGUGCUCCAGCCCCCCGUGUCCACCCACCCUGGGCCGGAGUUCUGGUGCUCCAUCGCCUACUUCGAGCAGGACGUGCAGGUGGGGGAGAUCUUCAAGGUGCCCUCGAGCUGCCCCACCGUGGUGGUGGACGGCUACGUGGACCCCUCGGGGGGGGCCCGCUUCUGCCUGGGGCAGCUCUCCAACGUGCAGCGCUGCGCCGCCAGCGAGAGGGCACGGCUGCACAUCGGCAAGGGCGUGCAGCUGGAGCGGCGGGGCGAGGGCGACGUGUGGAUGCGCUGCCGCAGCGACCACGCCGUGUUCGUGCAGAGCUUCUACCUGGACAGGGAGGCGGGCAGAGCGCCCGGCGACGCCGUGCACAAGGUGUACCCCGGGGCACACAUCAAGGUGUUUGACCUGCGGCAGUGCCACCGGCAGAUGCAGCAGCAGGCGGCCACUGCCCAGGCUGCGGCCACUGCCCAGGCGGCCGCCGUGGCCGGCAGCAUCCCCGGGCCUGGCUCGGUGGGCGGCAUCGCCCCGGCCAUCGGGCUGUCGGUGGCCGCGGGGCUCGGCGUGGACGACCUGCGGCGCCUGUGCCUCGUUAGGCUGAGCUUCGUUAAGGGCUGGGGGCCCGACUACCCGCGGGCCAGCAUCACCUGCACGCCCUGCUGGAUCGAGGUGCACCUGCACCGCGCCCUGCAGCUGCUCGACCACGUCCUGCACGCCCUGCCCGACGCCCACGCCUGAUCCUGGAAGGGGCAGCCAGAAAAAAAAGAGAAAAAAAGGCAAAAAAAAUUACCAAAAA